AUGGUCACCGCGGUCAGCACCGUGGGCUUCGUGCCCACGGGCAACAAGCAGAAGGCGAAGCCGAACACCGUCAACAGCCUGCUCAAUGAGAGGUCGUUCAAGGGUGGCUUCAGGUCUCGCUCGCAUGGCGCACCGGGGCAGGUGGCAGGCCCGGGCGGCGCUGCAGCUGGGAUGGAGCAGUUGGUAGCUUCGAACAUCCUGGACGGGUUGGCGUUCAAUUGUUGGGUCACGUUCACGGUGACUGUCAACAUCAUCGUCAUCAGCCUGGAGCAGGACCUCUGUCCGAGCGGCAGCAGCCCCGUCGACUGCACGAGCUGGUUCCUGCUCGAGCUUCUCUUCGGGAUGCUCUUCCUAGGGGAGCUGGCGAUUCGCAUCUUCUUCACCCAGCCCAAGAGGAAAUUUUUCAACGAUUUGUGGAAUGUCAUGGACAUGAUCCUCAUCAUCGCCGCUUUCCUCGACACCCUGGUCUUCGCCCCGAUCGGCAUCGGCGGCUUUAUACGCUACUUCACCGUGUUGCGCGCUCUCCGCGCGAUCAAGCUGGUGCGCCUGGUGCAGAUGUUCCCCCUCUUCCGCGAGCUUUGGCUGCUCGUUGGCGGCCUCUCCAACUCGCUGAAGGCGCUGGGCUGGGUCGGGCUCAUCGUGGUAAUGGUCCUGUACGUCUGCGGCAUCGUGGUCACGAUGGAGAUCGGGAAGAACGACGACGUGUAUGCCAUCGGUCCGUCGUACGACGGGCAGGUGUGGCCGUACAAGAAGUAUUUCGGGACAGUUUGGCGCUCCAUGUUCACGCUCUUCCAGGUGCUCACGCUGGACAGCUGGUGCGACGGCAUCGUCCGGCACGUGGUCUACCGGCAACCGUACAUGGGCGUCUUCUUCGUGGUAUUUCUGCUGCUGACCGCCUUCGGUUGA